AUGAAGACAAAGCGAGGAAAGGAAUCUGAGUAUAGGAAAACACAAAUGGAAGAAAUAAGUAAGGAAACUAGAGAAGUAAAAGAGAAAAAAGGGAGAGAUAACUGGAAGUUGGCAACCUGGAAUGUGAGAGGUAUAAAAGGCAGAGAAGACGAGCUGAUACAGGAAUUGGAGAGGUUUGAGAUAAAAAUAUUAACGGUGACAGAAACAAAGAAGAAAGGAAUAGGAGAGCAAGUGAUGAGGGGUGAUCACCUAAUGAUUUACGGAGGAGUGAAAUAUGAACAACAUGGAGCGGCAGGUGUGGGAUGCAUAAUUGACAAAAAUUGGAGAAAAUAUGUGGAACACUGGCAGGUAUAUUCGGAGAGACUAUUGAGGGUACGUCUGAGGAGAGAAAAAUCCGACUUGUGGAACAUAAUAGUAGCAUACGGACCAAAUGAAGACGCAAAGGUGGAGGAUAAGAACAAAUUUUGGGAAGAAUUGAACAUGGUAACAGAGGAAUGCAGGGGAAAAAUCGUGGUGUGUGGAGAUUUUAAUAGCAGGGUUGGUAUAGGAGGAGGAAGAGAUGAGAUCAUGGGUAAAUAUGGAGAAACAAAGAAAACGAACAACGGAGAAAGACUUAUAGAGUACUGCAGGAUGAAUAAUAUGAUAGUUUCGAAUACAUUCUUUGAGCAUAAAUAUGUACAUAGGUACACAAGGCAUGGACAUAACGUUGACGAUAGAUCAAUAAUAGAUUACUUCUUAGUAGAAAGAGAUAAUAAAAGGGACAUCGCAGAUGUAAGAGUGCACAGGGGAGCGGAAAUAGGAAGUGACCAUUAUAUGCUUGUAGCAAAGAUAAUGGGUGAAGUAAAAGAGAAGGUCGAACAUAGGCAACUUAAUGAAGGAUAUGAAAAUAUAAAAAGUUAUAAACUGAGAGAAAUGAGUGUAGCAGAAGAAUACAUGAAAAAUGUAGAAGAGAAUAUGACUAGGGUGGAAAUAGGAGUUGAGGAGGGAGUGGAGGAAGUAUGGGGAAGGUUCAAGAAUAUACUAAAGGAAUCAGCAAAAAGAGUGUGUGGUAGUGUUAAAAUAGGGAGAAACAGAAGUGGCACAGCCUGGUGGAGUGACAAAUUGAAGAGACAAAUUAAAAUGAAGAAAAUAUUAUGGAAGGAAUAUCUAAAGAAUAGAAAUGCAUGUAAUUAUCGGAAAUAUAAGGAACAAAGGAAGAGAGUUAAGCAAGUAACAUUGGAAGAAAAGGAGAAAAGUUGGAGAGAUUUUGGAGAGAGAAUGGAGAAGAAUUACACGGAAAAUAGAAAGCUUUUUUACAGUCAUGAAAAAUUUGAGGAGGGGGGAGAAGAUAAGCGAUGGGAGGACGACGGGGAAGACUUGAUAAGCAUUGAAGAGGUUAAGGUAGCUCUCAGAAGAGUCAAGAAUGGAAAAGCUGCAGGAUACGAUAGAAUUACACCGGAAAUGAUGAAGAACAUGGGAGAAAAGGGUAUAAAUGUAUUCAGGGAAAUAUGUCAGAAAGCAUGGAAUUCUAAGGAAAUACCACAAGAUUGGAAAAUGGCGAUGAUAGUACCAGCCUACAAGAAUGGGGAUCGAAAGAAAUGUGAUAACUAUAGAGGUAUGAACUUGCUAAGUACAGCUCUCAAAGUAUACGAAGUAUACGAUAUUGGAGAGUAG